CCCCUUUUGCGCGGCGCCUCCCAUCUGUUUGAUUUCUCCAAAGAAUCAAACCAUAUAAACAUAGCAUUUCUAAUCUUCACUUCCUCUCUCUUCUUGUUUCUUCACAAACCCAUUUCCAUUUUUCCUUUAUUUGGAUUCUUUAAAGAGGUGUCAUUGUGGAUAAUUGGUUGAGGAUCCAGCCAUUUUGGUUUUUGGACAUUUAAUUAAACAAUUUUGUAGUUGAUUUUCAAAAUGUUAGGUUUUUUGUGGUCUUCUUCGAAGCCAAAGCCAGUAGACCCACAACCGUCUUCAAAGCCUACUUAUACUUCGGAUGAUGAAUGUAAGAAGCAAAGUUUAAAGACGGCAAGGCGAACUGCUUCUGAACCUGUACUCAUUACUCCAGACUUCAGUGAUAAUCCAUCGUCCGGGUACUCUUCAUCAGGAUCAAGAGACAAGUACAAGAAUGAUUUCCGCGACUCAGGAGGACUUCAGAGUCAAAGUGUGCAACAACUUGAGAAUUAUGCUGUGUAUAAGGCCGAGGAAACAACUAAUACUACUAAGAACUGCCUAAGGAUUGCUGAGGACAUCAGAGGGGAUGCUACGAAGACACUUGAAAUGUUGCAUCAUCAGGGUGACCAAAUUCAUAGGACACACGAGAUGGCUGCUGCGACUGAUAAAGAUUUGAGUAAGGGUGAGAAACUCUUAAAUGAUCUUGGUGGCAUGUUCUCGAAAACGUGGAAGCCAAAGAAGACUCGAGAUAUUACAGGGCCUUUAACCACGCCAGAUCAACCAUCCAAAAGAAGUGAAAACUACUUGGAGCAGAGGGACAAAUUGGGUAUACCUCCUGCAGCGGGGGGACGCACAGCUAGUAGGACACCUUCUGAACCAACAAAUGCCAUGAAGAAAGUAGAGUUGGAGAAGGAGAAACAAGAUGAUGCCCUUUCAGAUUUAAGUAACAUCUUGGGUGAUUUGAAGGGCAUGGCAGCUGAUAUGGGAAGCGAACUUGACAGGUUAGUUGUGUUGUUCCUGGCUUAUGAAAUUUCUAAUAAACUUUUAUGUGUACACAAUUUUAUGAAUUUCAUUGAAUACUUCUUCUGGAACCAUGUUAAGAUUUCAUGUUGGUUUUUCUUACCACAAGCCUUGUUCUUGGAAGAAGUCACUUGUUUGCAAAACAAGUCUCUUGAUCAUCUCUCUGACGACGUGGAUGAGCUCAACUCUCGAGUUAAAGAUGCAAACCAGCGUACACGCCGUCUGCUUGGAAAGUGA